UCUCACUCCAGAACAACAAUCAAUCGAUGAACUGUAAAUACCACAACCCAGUACGGAAUGGCGAUAUCACUACACUAGUCAUGACUCUCAAAUUCAUUGUUGUUGAAUCAUAUGACAUCAACCCCCCUAUGCACCAAACCCUAGUAUGGUCAUGAGAAGCUCGACAACUGGAAGUCGACUUGUUCAAUCCCCUGGAUGACUCACGAUGCAGCCCAUAACUAUCCUUGAAAACUAAAUCCACCUGGACCACCACUCACUUCAACCAUUGAAUACUGUGCAGAACAGAACUGCGCACACCCCGUAAUCCGCACCAAGCGAAUAUAGCUCAAUCUCCUACAUGCCACAACCAUGGCAUCUACUCCCUUCUAAUGACCUGCGGCAUCGCAGGUUCCGGGAAGUCGUCACUGGCUCACUCCAUCAUCUCUGCAUAUCCAUCCUUCCACCGUCUCUCCAUCGACUACUACGUCUAUUCCCGCCACGGCCUCUACGACGUCGACUACCCUAAAGAACAAUACGAGGGAUACCAGCUCGAAGCCGAAAAAGCCCUACGGGCCGAACUGAUCACCGCAUUGACCAGAGGACAGGUAGAUCUGGUGCUUGACUUUUCGUUCGCGUUCCGCGCGGUGCGUGAGGAGUGGAAGAGAUUGAUUGAGGGGUUGGGAGGGAGAUGGGUAUUGGUGUUUUUGGAUGUUGACGCUGCUGAACUCCGACGGAGGGUUCAGGCUCGGAAUGAGCGGGUCGAUAAGGAUGGCGACUCGGCAUUUUAUGUCACGGAGGAGAUCUUGGAACAGUAUCUGGAGGGAUUUGAGAGACCUCAUGGGGAGGGCGAGAUUGUGCUGUGAGGGGAGGGGACUUGACCAGUGGUCUUAUUUGUUCUUAUGAUGUGAUGCGUCGAUAUGAAGAGUUGUAUGUAAUUGACCUGAUCUGGAGUCGGGUGGAGAUCUGAACAACCCUGAAAUGGGUGGUUUGAUGUGCAAAUGCUUUAUAUUGUAUGGAUAGAGGUCUACCAUGUGCUUAAGUAUGACCGAUUGGAUUUUAUGGUUCUCGGCAAUUCAAACGUUGCCCUAAGUCAGAGCGGCUCCUGCAAAAGAGGCUAUCUAAUACAAAACUAGCCCUUACGUGGCAGGGCAAGGAUCGAAAAAUAUUGUCCAUCUUAUCCUGAGCAGCGAGGCUGACAUACAGAUACGAUAGAACCGACCACAAGAGAGGUUACCGGGGCAGAA